AUGACAGGUAUAAUUUUUCUUUCUUCUAUUUUUGACCUAAGCGGCGCCUCUCUCUCCCAACCUCAGAUCUUGUCUCUCCCGAUCUCAGAUCUUUCAGCGACAGCAUCGGCGUUGCUCCUUCAUCGAUCUCUAUCUCUCAUCUGGCAGGCUGUUGUAAAAGUUCAUCUUUUAUUGAAUUUUCCUAGUUUCUUCGGUUGUUUGCUUUUGGGAAUUAGUUCAUACUGUUGUCUCUCUUUAGCUUUUGCAAUUUUGCUGGUCGUCUGGGUUUUGGUACUGCUUGUGAACACAUUCUCAGGCUUGCUCCUUGCACUCACCAACUAUAACCACAGUACCCUCUUUAUUGCAAUGGAGGCUAGCGGUGAUAGACUUGCUGCUGUUUCGGUGGGUUGUAAUUAG